AUGACCGUUCCCGUGGAAGAGACACGGGCUAGCUUGCCUGACGUGCGCCUGCCCGAGGUCAGCGGCAAUGAGUCGGACGACGCAGAUGGGCUGCUGGCGGCCAUGGGCUACAAAGCGGAGCUGGUGCGCACACGGUCGACGUGGCACGUUGCUUUCAUGUCAUUCGUGUUGGCGUCCAUCCCGUACGGCCUGGCGACGACGCUCUACUACCCGCUGCAAGGCGGCGGCCCGGCUGUCGUGGUCUGGGGAUGGCUGAUGGUCAGUCUCAUCAUUCUCUGCGUCGCCGCGUCGCUGGGUGAGAUCACGUCGGUCUACCCGACAGCCGGCGGCGUCUACUACCAGACCUUCAUGCUUGCUCCCUCGCGCAUUCGCCGCCUGGCUGCCUACAUCUGCGGCUGGGCCUACGUCGUCGGCAACAUCACCAUUACCCUGGCUGUCCAGUUCGGCACCACGCUCUUCUUCGUCGCCUGCGUCAACGUCUUUGAGAAAGAGCCCGGCGUCGGCGUCUGGGAGGCCGAAACCUACCAAAUCUUCUUGACCUUUGUCGGCGUGACGCUGCUGUGCACGGCUAUUUCGACGUUCGGCAACCGCUGGCUGCCAAUUCUCGACACCUUUGCGAUCUUCUGGACCUUUACUGGUCUGUUUGCCAUUCUCAUUACUGUCCUGGUUGUCGCCAAGGGAGGCCGUCGCAGCGCGUCGUUUGCCCUGGGCGGUUUCGAGCCGUCAUCCGGCUGGCCGGCUGGCUGGUCGUUCUGCGUUGGUCUGCUGCACGCCGCCUACGCGACCUCGUCGACUGGCAUGGUUAUCAGCAUGUGCGAGGAGGUGCAGCACCCGUCGACGCAAGUGCCCAAGGCCAUGGUGAUCACCAUCAUCAUCAACACGGUCGGCGGUCUCCUGUUCCUGGUCCCUCUCAUGUUUGUUCUGCCCGAUCUUGCCAUGCUCGUAGCUCUUCCAUCUGGCCAGCCAGUACCGACCAUCAUCAAGUCAGCUGUCGGGUCGUCCGGCGCUGCCAUUGCUCUCCUUCUGCCGCUCAUGGUGCUGGCCAUUCUGUGCGGCACAGCCUGCAGCACGGCCGCGUCCCGCUGCACCUGGGCUUUCGCUCGGGACGGCGGCAUCCCCGGUUCCAAGUGGUGGAGCAAGGUCCAUCCCAAGCUUGACCUUCCCCUUAACGCCAUGCUUCUGUCGACCAUUAUUCAACUUUUGCUGGGAGUCAUCUACUUUGGCUCGACUACGGCCUUCAACGCUUUCUCCGGUGUUGGAGUUAUCUCGCUCACCGUGUCUUACGCAGCUCCCAUCGCCGUGUCUAUGAUCGAGGGCCGCAAACAGGUCAAGGGCGCUAGGUUCUCCCUUGGCAAGCUUGGCUGGUUCUGCAACGGCAUCGCUAUGGGUAAGUCUUUCCCUUGUAUACUUUCAACUUUCGCUAACCUGUUAGCCUGGUCAAUUCUCGCUGUGCCGCUGUUCUGCAUGCCCGCAUACCUCCCUGUCACCGCUGUCACGGUCAACUACGCGCCGGUCGUUUUUGUCGGCUUUGUCUGCAUCGCGUCGGCCUGGUACACGGCCUGGGGCCGCAAGAACUACCGUGGCCCUCCGACCGAGCACGUUGGACAGCCCCUGCCUGCCGGCACCAAUGGCGACAUCAAGAAGGCGAUCGGCUCGCCAAAGAAGGACUGA